AUGAAAGAGGCCACGCAGCGACCGGCCGACAUGGCUACAGCUCGACCACCGACAGCGAGUAGCACGACGUCGCCAUCAGCUGUAGCGGCCGACAGUUGUGCGCGCCGCAACGCGCACACGCGGGCGCCAGCGCUCCCCGUGGGCUUCUUCGACGACGCGGCGGCCGACGCCAAAGCGCGUCACGUGGACGUGCAGCAGCUGGCAGCGACGCAGCUCGCGUCGGACUGGGAAGCGUUCCAAGAGUUUGCCGCAGAGGUGGAGCAACGAGCGGUCGAGGAAGAGCGCGUGCAGGUGCAGGAGACAAAGGAGCGCGAGGCCGUCGACGAGCUCGAGAACAUGCAGUACGUGGACAGGUACCGCGUGGCGCUCGAGCGUGUCGCGCGUCUGCGCAGUGGAAAGAAGACGGCCGAGAAGAGGCACGUGGACGAGGCGAACGGCGACGUCGGUGCAGUAGAUGACGACGACGACGACCUUGAGGCACCAGGCGCCGGUAUCGUCCAAGCCGCCGUGCGCGAGUUCCAGCACAAGCAGAAGAAGAAGAAGAGGAAGCAGCAGCAGCAGCAGACGAGCAACAAGCAGCAGAGGGAGCAGGUAGCCAGCAACGACCUGGACGAGCUGGACUUGUGCAACUGGAGGUCUCGCGGCCUGUGA